CUCCUCUCCGGCGACUCCCGCGGUCACAUGACCGUGUCUGCAUGGUGUGGCAGUGAAGUUUACUUUUGUUUGGUCCGCGCGUCGAAUAUAAUAAACAGCGGCAUGUGACUUGCUCGUGACCUCGACUCCUUCCCCCGUGACCUGCACCUGCUCAGGACAUCUUGGUCGCUCCUCGCACACUGCACUAGUAUUUGUCAACAGGGAGUUCGAGAUAGGGGUUAUUGGACGUGAUGGAACAGACUCGCAUUGAUGCUGUAGAGAUGCAGAACAUCUUGAAAUCCCUGCCGGGCUUAUUCCAAAAGGCCGCCGGUCAGGUAGAUAUCCCCACAGAUGCAGCACAGUCUCUUCAAGCGCUCGCACAAGCGGGCAUGUUCCCUAUCCAGGGUGCAAAUCAACAACAGCUACCACAUGCACCACAUCAAGUACCGGUCCCUCACACGACGGCUCCGGGAGUCCCUGGCAUUAGCGAUCCUGGCCCAUCAUCUCACCCCAGUGGUCCGCCUAACUUGGGUCAACUCUCAGCUGCGGCGGUUGCUGUCCAAGGUCCUCAAUUACCUCAGCCCCAACCACAGGAAAUCUCCGACGUCCAGAACGAAGGGGGCCAGGGUGAAAAGGCUAAACCUAAUGCGACGACCGGUGGCCGUGCGAGCCGCGGAGGUAGAAAUCCUGCGAUGGGGACGGAUGAAUGGGCACGCCAGAGAAAGGAUAAUCAUAAAGAAGUUGAGCGCAGACGCAGAGGCAACAUCAACGAAGGUAUCGAUGAACUCGGGCGCAUCGUACCCAAUAGCUCCGGUGAAAAGGCGAAGGGUGCGAUCCUCACACGCGCAGUGCAAUACAUUCAUCACCUCAAGGAGAACGAAGCACGCAACAUCGAGAAGUGGACCCUUGAGAAGCUAUUGAUGGACCAGGCAAUGGGCGACCUUCAAGCCCAGCUGGAAGAGAUGCGGAGGUUGUGGGAAGAAGAACGUAUGGCUCGGCAACGCGCCGAAAGUGAAUUAGAAUUGCUGAGAGGCGUUUCGCAAGCGAACACCGCACAUAUGGCUGCUCAGCGACCGCAAGGCCACGAGUCAGGUCCAUCACCCGGUCCACGUUCCCACUCACCUGAGCAUCAGGAAAAUGUGGUUCAGGUACGAAGCAACGAGGAAUCGAGACCAGAUGUGGAAAAGAACGGGGAUGGUGAUCCUGCCGAUGGUCGAUCGAGUAAGCGACCCAGAACGGAGUAACAGCCGUAGGUUUUUCCGUUGGGUAGCGCACGAUGAUAAGGUUUCAGCUUUUUUUUUUGCCUUUGUAUCUCUUAAGUUCGGAUUAUUGUCAUCGAGCCCUUGUAUUUAUCAGGAAGAAUCACACGUGUACAGUGAUUUUUAAGUUGCCCGGCCGCCGUG